AUGGAUUGUUUUCUGCACGUCGAGGUCAUUCUACCUGUGGGUGUGGUGGUAGCAGGUGAAGGGGCUGUGCUGAUGCCUUUAAGGGCAUACUAUGAAGAUGCAGUUGUUCUGUUGACAUUCAGGGAUGUGUCCAUAGAGUUCUCUCUGGAGGAGUGGACAUGCCUGGACCCCGCUCAGCGGAAUUUGUAUAGGGAUGUGAUGUUAGAGAACUACAGAAACAUGGUCUCACUGGGUCUUGCAGUUUCUAAGCCAGACCUGAUCACCACUGUAGAGCAAAGCAAAGAACCCUGGAAGGUGAAGAGAUACAGGAGAGUAGCCAAACACCCAGGUAGGUGA